UGGCUAGUGAACCAUUAAGGUGAGCCCUGCCUUCCGUCCCUGCGUCCCUCCCCGCGCUGCUCUCCCGUUGCUGGGUGCUAAAGCAAACCCCAGCUCUGUUUACCGAGUCUACUAUUACAAUACAGCGACCAAAUAUUUGCCAGCCGUCAGCUCGCUGCUCCGCUAUAAAUACUUCAGGCCCAGGUGGAGGGACGGCGAGGGGGAGCGGCGCGGGAGCCUAUGCAUGGCCGGGCGGCAGUGCCAAGGGUGAGUCCAGGCCCCAGGGUGCCCCUGCGUGCCAACAUGGCUGCAGGUGUCAUCCAGCCCCUGGCCAAGCUGCGGCUGCCCUUGCCCUUCCGGCAUGAUCUGCUGCUGCCUGCACGCCCCGAACCCGACUUUCCUGACCUCUCUGAGGAGGAGGAAGAGGAGGAAGAGGAGGAAGAGGAGGACGACGAGGAGGAGACAGCAGAAGAGAAUGUGGGGCCGGAGCUGGCCAUCCCCAGUGCUGCUGAGACCACCCUGCAGCUCCUCAAGUUUUCGGAGCUCAUCAGCUGCGACAUCCAGCGGUACUUUGGGCGGCGGGGCCGGGAGGAGGCCGCCAGCAGCUGCAGCAUGCCCGAGGACUACAGCUCACCCCAGUGUGCCAAGGCUCAGCCCGAUGCCACGGCACUGCAGGGUGGCCCCGGGGCCGUGCACAGGCUGGGGCCGCUGGCUGAGCUCUUUGAGUACGGCGUGCACCGGUGCCUGCCACCUCAGGCAGCCGGUGGCAAGACGCAGCGGCUGGAGAGGAAAUACGGCCACAUCACUCCCAUGCACCGGAGGAAGCUGCCGCCCUCCUUCUGGAAGGAGCCAGGCCCUGGCCCCACCAGCCUCCUCCACACCAGCACCCCCGACUUCAGCGACCUCCUGGCCAACUGGACGGUGGAGCCGGGGCUGGAGCUGCCAGGCACAGGGCAGGAGCCGCCGUCUGAGCCAGGUCGCCCAGGGCUGGGGGCUGAGCCCUUCACUGGGCUGUGACCCCACCAUGGCCCCGGGGGCCCCUGGCCCGGCCACGUGCCACCCAGUUAAUGAUAAACCCAGUGGCCCCAGUGCCAGCACCGGGGCACCUGGAGCCAGCAAUAGGAUGAGUGAAUAAAUGACUCCCGCCAGGC